GUUUUUAUCAUAAUCCCUCAGCCAAUCACAGGCACUGUUACAUUAGCUUAGGGGAUGUAAUAUUUUCUCCUCGCGGUUGGCUGUAAAAGUUAUCGCCCAAAAUGCUAUAUUUAGAGGAUUAUUUGGAGAUGAUCGAGCAGCUACCGAUGGACCUGCGAGAGCGGUUCACGGAAAUGCGUGAGAUGGACCUCCAAGUACAAAAUGCAAUGGACAACCUGGACGAGCGACAAAGCAAGUUUUUUGAAGCUGCAAAGAAAACGAAUUCUGCAAAACCGGAGUCAAAGAGUUAUGAGGCCAUCAGAAAGGAUUAUUACAAGAUUUUGGAAGAUUGUGAUGAGAAGGUUCAACUGGCAAACCAGGUUUACGAUUUGGUCGAUCGCUACUUGCGAAAAUUAGACCAGGAACUGAAUAAGUUCAAAAUGGAACUCGAAGCAGAUAAUGCGGGAAUCACCGAAGUUUUAGAAAGAAGGUCAUUAGAGCUGGACAUCCCAACGAAGCAGCUUCAGGCACCAACAAGGGGAGAAAAGAGGAAAAACCAUAUGGAAAACAACAUCGACAAGAAAGCCCUGACUGAGAAGAAACUCCUGACCAGCUUCCCGUCUGACAUGACUCAGGAUAUGCUGAGUUUCCGCUCCAGCAGCCUGACGACAAAGGGCAGUUCCUCCCUCCUAGAAGGCCGAGAGUCUGGUACCUCUCAGCCCGCGUUGUCUUACAACCUGGGGCAUGUUGGCGCCGGCAGUAACGCCAUAGCCCUAGCAGCUGCUCAGGCUGUCUCUAAUACACUACAGAUGCAACAGGGUAGGCGAACAGCCAGCCUGAAAGCCAGCUAUGAGGCCUUGAAAUCAGGCGGAUUCAGCGGACUGGGAAGCAUGAGUAGAGAUACCAGCCAAUCAUCAUCCAGCACCUCGGCAGCUACAUCAACAACUCCUACAACUACAGAGAGUAGCAGACACAGGGGUCGAAGAACAAACUCGAGGGCCUCCACCCCAAGUGUGACAAACGUCCAGCCGCAGGCGCCGACAACAGCCACGACGCAACCCCUGGCGGACCUGCUGACAGAGAGCAUCCUGGAUGACACCAACCCGCCAGCGCCUGAAUGGACCUACGAUCCCAAUGAACCUCGCUACUGCCUGUGCAACCAGGUGUCUUACGGGGAAAUGGUGGGAUGCGACAAUUCAAAUUGUCCGAUUGAGUGGUUCCAUUACGGCUGCGUGGGCAUCACCAACCCCCCUAAGGGCAAAUGGUUCUGCCCGCAGUGCACGGUGGCCAUGAAGCGUCGCGAGAAGAAAGACUCAACCAACAAGAAAUGAAAACACAAAUAGAAGUGCAAUAGUCUGACGACGGCCAAUACCAUUCCAGUGGGUGGAAUUAUUGCUAAAGACGAGACAAACCUAGUCAAACUGGUCCAGAUCAGUAUGGGUCAAGGUAGUCAUUGGAGUCAAAUAUUUGGGCCAAGGUGGGACUGAAGCAAGUUUACUUCACAAGUGACAGUCGGUCAGUGAGUCAGUCAGUCAGGAGCAAAGAGAACACUAGGCUGGCCCUCUGGGACCAGAGUCUACUGGCUGUGGUUCCUUCAAGACGCUUGAUGAUCAGUUUAUAAGAUCUUACUGCGAGGGCCGAAAUAAAUAAGGAAACUAUUGCUUGACUGUCAGUCUUGGUUGGGUGCUACCAGUUUGUAUUGCAUAACAUUCUGGUAUGCACAUAUCAAUGCAUUUUCACUCGGAAUAAAAGGUUUCUGUAGGUAGCGGACAUUUUGUACGUUGUAUGAACUUGCCCAUUAUGGAAAGAAAUCGGAUACAAAUUUUUGAUUAAAAAAUUAAAAAUUAAACACCCCCCCCCACAAAAGAAAAGAGUUAACAAAAAUCCUUGAUAUUUGACUGCUAUGUAUGUGAUGAAAAAAAAAAAUAUGAAUUGUGAAAAGAUAAAUCAAAAAUAAAACAUGAAAAAUUAAACUGAUUUUUAACGCGAAAACAAUUAAAACAGUGAUUUACAUGUACAUGUACUUAUUCAUUCCAUCCCCUCUCCUUCCCCUGAUAAAAUGGAUUUCUGUUUGCUGGUGAAAUAAAAUAUUGAAGAAAAAGUUUUGUUAAAAA